CCUUCCUGUGCGGGUUGUGGGGUGUCCUACUUCGUCCCGUGCGUCCGGCGGUCCCGUGACUCUUCCUCGCCCUGUCGCCCACAGCGGCAGCUCCACCUCUCAAGGGCCCAAGGAUACAGAUGAGUUUGAUGAAUGCGCGGCUGCAGCACCAGGUUCAGAACAACGUUAAGCUUAAACUCUUUCACCAGGUAUUUGUGUCCAGACCUCCCGCGCAAGCGGUAGCUUAAUCCCCUGCUCUUCUGCCCGUGCGGGGCGGCUUGAAAGCAAUUGAGUCCACGCUGCCAGGUUAACAGUUCGAAAUGCUGCGGAGAAUAGACCUUAGUAGAAGUUCUGGUGUAAUAUCCGAAGGUGUUUCUCCUUUGCAGGAAAAAUGAUUUCCGAAAGCACUUCUUUCGUGAAAGGCGUGCUGUUGGGAGGGAUCUUCUGCGUGUUGGUCACGUUCCUGGGACACAUAAAGACAGGUUAUUGGACUAAAGUACGUCAUCACGAGCACCAUCACAUCCAAGCUCCGAACCAGGAAGAUGUGUCCAAUCUGUCCGAAGUGGAGCGUGUGGAGCUCAGUCAAAGCAUCCGUGUUUAUUGCAUUAUCCUUGUGAAACCUAAGGAUCUUGGACACUGGGCUGCAGUGAAAGAAACCUGGAGCAAACACUGCGACAAGGCAGAAUUUUACAGCUCUGAAAACGUGAAGGUGUUUGAUUCUAUCGCUCUUAACACAGACGACAUGUGGGCAAUGAUGAGGAAAGCUUAUAAAUUAGCCUACGACCACUAUAAAGAUGAGUACAACUGGUUCUUUCUGGCACAUCCAACUACGUUUGCCAUCAUAGAAAAUCUUAAAUAUUUCUUGCUGAAGAAAGACUCAUCACAGCCUUUUUAUAUAGGUCAUACUGUAAAGUCAGGUGACCUCGAGUAUGUCGACGGUGAGGGAGGGAUUGUUUUAAGUAUUGAGUCACUAAGAAGACUCUCCAAAGUUUUUGAAGACCCAGAUAAGUGCCCAGAGCAGGGAGGUAUGAUUUGGAAACUCUCGGAGGACAAACAACUGGCAGUCUGUCUGAAGUACACUGGAGCAUUUGCUGAAAAUGCAGAAGAUUCUGAAGGAAAAGAUGUCUUUAACACCAAAUCAGUUGGCUCACUUAUCAAAGAGGCAAUGUCUAACCACCCACAACAGGUAGUAGAAGGGUGCUGUUCCGACAUGGCCAUCACUUUCAACGGACUGGCUCCAAAUCAUAUGCACGUAAUGAUGUACGGUGUCUACAGGCUGCGAGCAUAUGGGCACGACUUCAAUGAUGCACUAAUUUUCUUACCUCCAGCAGACUCAGACAAUGACUGAUCUCUGCAGAAAAGAUGGCUGCAUUGUUGGAACAUGCAGUGGUUAAUGAAUAAUGCAACUCGCAUCUGUACAAGCUGGUGCAAUUUCCAUAUUUGAGGGCAUGGGUAUAUUUUUUGCACAUCAAGGUUUGGUAAUACUCAAGUAGAAAAGGAGGUCUCUUUUUUUCUAAAUCUUUUUUUAUACAAAAAUGUUUCUGGCUUUUGACAGUGUUGGAAUGAAAUGUUAAAGGUACUGUUAAUGUUUAUGUGAUAAAUUUAAAUUUAUAUGGGGUGUUUGUAUAUGUACAUAUUUAUAAAUGAAAAUUCAAAUGAAUCUUAAUCUACUGUAAUUUAAAUAUAUUUUUGCAAGAUUUUUGAUCCUUUGAACUUCAAGGCAUUUUCUUGAAAAUCUUUAUAUCUUUCUAUGACAUACAAAUAAAAACAAAAAUGAAGAUUUGGUAAAGUACAAUUUCAAACUCUCUCUUUCACUGUAGAGCCUGGAGCAGUUGUGUAUUCUAGAAUUGACAUGAUAGCAAACUACUCCAUUCUUAUGCAGACAGUAAAUGCGAAGAAACAGCCACUUCAAAAGUACUAUGUCAGGGUUGCAGUAUCCACCAAUUGACUAGAUAGAAUUCAUUUUAAAGAAAGACAUACAUGUCUUUAUUCUUGUCUGUGCGCUUUGAUGUACGCUCCCAUGAGAUGCAUAUCAGAGUAUGCACCUAAGAUGGUGUGGCAUUGCUAUUGAACCUUUCUAAAAUACCUGUUUGUUUUCCCUAUGUGCUGUUGAGGUAUAAUCUGCACAAAAGAAAUCUGGUUUUUGUUCCUCCUCAGUUCAGGGAUUGUUCUUGGAAGAGAGUUGUGGCAUUUUAUUGGCUGUGGAAGCUUGAAAUGGUUAAACCUUGUGUUCCAAUUAAAGGUAACAGAGUUGAAGCUUUUACUGCUACACCUUUCAUUCCAUAUUGUAAUAGACAUUACCUGCAUUAGUACUCCUCACUUCUGUCCCAUAACACGUGUACCUUUUCCCAUCCUCAGGAUAAUUACUGGAAAUGACUUUAGGUCUAUCAGCACCUUCAUAUAAGUGCCCGGCCAAACAUGGUGGAUUCACACUUCUAUAAAAAGAUCAAGGCCAUGACUACAGAAGCAAGAGGAUUAAAGGGGGCUUUCUUUGUAUUACUGUAAGCUGGCAAGAUCUACUGAUAAUAGCACAGAGAAAUAGGUAACAUGCUGUGAAGCUUAAUGGCACUACGUGGAACCUGAUUAUGACCUACUUUCACAUCUUAGAAUUUUUUAAUUCAUUUUUACAACUGCUGUGAUACAGUUCAAUUUUACUUUCUAACUCUGUCUGCCUGCUCCCUACAAAAAAAUGUUAAAAAAGGGUCUUCCUAUCAUCAUAUAAGCCUUCAAGUGCUGGUACACAAGAAACUUC